UUGCGCAGUCCUGCUACGCACGAAAUAACGACCUGUGUAUAGAGUCUACGCAGAAAGCAGCACCAUGGCUUGUUCUGAAAUUGCUUUGUUGAGCGUGUCUGAUAAAACGGGACUGGUCGAUUUUGCCAAGCGGCUGGUGUCUGUGGGACUGUCCCUGGUCGCAUCGGGUGGCACGGCCAAAGCGCUCCGCGAUGCCGGCCUCUCCGUCAGAGACGUGUCGGAGCUCACGGGAUUCCCGGAGAUGCUAGGGGGAAGAGUUAAGACGUUGCACCCGGCAGUCCAUGGGGGAAUUUUGGCCCGGCGCACCCCCUCUGACAAGGCAGACAUGGAGAAACUUGGCUUCAGUUUGGUGAGGGUGGUUGUGUGUAACCUCUACCCAUUUGUGAAGACUGUCUCCUCCCCAAAUGUGACAGUGGAAGAUGCCGUAGAGCAGAUCGACAUUGGCGGAGUGACGCUGCUCCGAGCAGCGGCUAAAAACCACGCCCGUGUGACCAUCGUGUGCGACCCGGCCGACUACGAGCUGAUCGCUACGGAGAUGGAAGAGUCUGAAAACAGAGACACCGCCCUGGAGACCCGCAAGACCCUUGCCCUGAAGGCUUUCACACACACCGCUAAGUACGACGAGGCGAUCUCCGAUUACUUCCGCAAGGAGUACAGUGGGGGGAUAUCCCAGCUGCCCCUGCGUUACGGAAUGAACCCCCACCAGGCUCCCGCCCAGAUCUACACCCUGCGUCCUGCCCUUCCGCUCAAAGUGGUGAACGGCUCACCCGGAUUCAUCAACCUGUGCGACGCCCUGAACGCCUGGCAGCUGGUGAGGGAGCUGAAACGCGCUCUGGACCUGCCGGCUGCCGCCUCCUUCAAGCACGUGAGCCCCGCGGGUGCCGCUGUUGGCAUUCCGCUGUGUGAAGACGGAGCUAAAGUCUGCAUGGUGAACGACCUGCUCCAGGAGCUCACCCCGCUGGCCACCGCGUACGCCAGAGCCAGAGGCGCUGACAGAAUGUCCUCGUUUGGAGACUUCAUUGCCCUGUCCGAUGUCUGUGAUGUUCCUACUGCUAAGAUCAUCUCCAGAGAGGUCUCAGAUGGGAUCAUUGCACCGGGGUACGAGGAGAAAGCCCUGGAGAUCCUUUCUAAGAAGAAAAACGGGAACUACUGCAUCCUCCAGAUGGACCCCGAGUAUGAGCCGGACGAGAUCGAGGUGCGCACGCUCUUCGGCCUGCACCUGAAGCAGAAGAGGAACAACGCCGAGAUCAACAAGAAGCUCUUCAGCAACGUCGCCUCCAAGGGAGAGCUGACGGAGAAGGCGAUUCGUGACCUUAUUGUGGCGAGCAUUGCUGUCAAGUACACCCAGUCUAACUCUGUAUGCUACGCAGUAGAUGGACAGGUGAUUGGCAUUGGGGCGGGACAGCAGUCACGAAUCCACUGCACCCGAUUGGCUGGAGACAAAGCCAAUAACUGGUGGAUGAGGCACCACCCCAAGGUGCUUUCUAUGAAGUUUAAGAGCGGUGUGAAGCGGGCAGAGAUGGCCAAUGCCAUCGACCAGUACGUCAGUGGGACCAUUGGACAGGGUCAGGACCUGGCGGUGUGGAAGGCUCUGUUUGACGAGGUACCGGAGCUGCUUUCUGACGCGGAGCAGAAGAACUGGAUCAGCUCCCUGCAGGGCGUGGCCCUCAGCUCUGACGCCUUCUUCCCCUUCCGGGACAACGUGGACCGGGCCAAACAGAGCGGGGUGGAGUACAUCGCCGCACCCGCCGGCUCCACCGCUGACCAGGUGGUCAUCGACGCGUGCAACGAGCUGGGGAUCACGCUGGUGCACACCAACCUGCGUCUCUUUCACCACUGAACACGGUCAACACCCAGGAACCCACACUGAACACGGUCAACACCCAGUGCCCCCACACUCAACACGGUCAACACCCAGGAACCCACACUGAACACGGUCAACACCCAGGAACCCACACUGAACACGGUCAACACCCAGGAACCCACACUGAACACGGUCAACACCCAAGAGCCCACACUCAACACGGUCAACACCCAGUGCCCCCACACUCAACACGGUCAACACCCAGGAGCCCACACUGAACACGGUCAACACCCAGUGCCCCCACACUGAACACGGUCAACACCCAGUGCCCCCACACUCAACACGGUCAACACCCAAGAGCCCACACUC